AUGAAGUUUACAGCGCCAAAGCCCAAUCAUGAUUACUUUGUGAAUCACGAUUUCAAAAUGUGGUCUUACUUCGGGUUCUGUGAGAAUGCAAUGAAGUCACCCACCGAUGAGCCUCCUAUAACGAUCUUAGAUCAGGCCAACGCGGUUUGGCGCACCAGCUUGGAACGAUUGCUGGGGUCUGGAGUACCAGACGCUGUCAAGGCGAGAGUGAAGUUGCUGCUUUCGAAAAAUUACGACCAAAAAUUUGGCAGAGGCAGCCAUUCCAUUGUGCUUCCAGAUGAAGCUGUCGCAAAUAUUGACAAACAGCACGAAAUCGCAACUGAGGCAGCGGACAAAGGCGAAGGACCCUUGGCAGAUUAUAACACGGCAACCAAUUCGAACCGCCGGGCCGGGUUAGAUGCUUCUGUCGUUGAAGACCUGCAGCAAGAAGUCAGGAGAUGUCAAGUUAAGUGCGACUACGGCAUUGACUGGGACGAAGCGACUGUGCUUAAGCAGCAAACGGAGGCGAGGGACAUUCAGAAGCUCCUUGGUGAGUAG